AUGUUUAGAUUUCUCCUCCUGUGUCAACUUUUUGUUUUCUGUAAGCAAGAAUUUAUCCCAACUGGUCAUCUGCAACCUCUGGGAUCACACAGACCGCCAGAAGGCGCUAUCAAGUCAGUAGAACUCGUACCGACUCCUCAAGAGUUUUAUAAUGAAUAUGUUUUGAAAGGACAGCCGGUUAUAUUUAAAGGAGCUGCUAAACUAUCUCCGGGAUUUCAGCUUUGGAGUGAUAGUUAUUUGAGGUAAGCCCCGGAUUUAGUUUUUAUACCCACGACGAGCCUUCAAUAUUACUUUAAAUUUUCAAUCUUAGGGAACCUUUUAUAAAUAUUGACCCCAAAAACCAUCCGAAGCAGAAUUACCAAUGAUCGGCCCUUUUUUUAGUAGUAUUUGCCUAAUGUGUGUCUAAAAGUUGAAAAUAAAAAAUUAAAUUAAAGUGGAUGAUACACUUUUCCUGCCUCUCAUCUCGGGUGGAUAAUUAGGAGGGAAGACACUCUUUUCAGGAAGAAUAAUAUUUGUUUGCCUUCUUUCUAUUAUGCGUAUAAGUUUUCUUUUAAUAACUGAGCAGUAUGUUUUCACUUGUUUGAACCUACAUAUUCAUUUGAUAUUCAUUAAAAAAAUGAAGUUACAAUAUUUGAAAUAGUAAUACACGUUUUCAUGAGUUGUUUUAUUCAAAAGUGGCUCAUCAUUGACUUUUGGUUGAUGAGAUUGAUGCUAUUAGUUAGUUCUAUUUAUGUUUUCAUGUUAUAUUUGCAAAUGAACCUUUUUUUUGGAAAAAAAAAUAGGGACAAAAGAAAUCUAAAAUUUUAAUGAACACCUGUUAAUGCUAAUGUAAGUUAAAAGAAUCUGUAUCUAAGACACAGCAUGCUAAUAAUAAUAUUUUGCAUUUAGCAUCAGAGAUAUCUAGCUUUAAAGAUAUGUAGAUAAACCCUAUAUCCAUUAUGAUAAACUUCAACAUCUGGCUAGCAACUAAAAUUCACACAAGACCUAGGAAUGACUCUGUCAGAUGUUCCUAAUACCCUCACAAGGUAACAGUCAUGUAGAACUUAUGAAUCAUUUAUAGUUGACCAAAAACAUGUGUCAUUUUUUGAUAACUUGUUAGGGAAAAGUAUGGAGAUGUUAUUUUGAGAGUAGAUUAUGGUAAAAAGGAGAACAGAGCUCGGCCUGCUGAUAACAUGGCACUGGGAGAAUUUUUAUCAAUCUACAAUGAUUCUGAUCGUUACCUGGUUGAUACUCUUCCUGAAGAAAUGUGGCCUGAAUUUUCACUUCCUUCCUGUUUGUUGUGCGGAGGUUUUACAUCUAGACUACAGGUAAGUCCUAAGAGUGACGAACAUAAAUUGGAUAAAUUUAGGUUUCUGGGAAACUGCCCACCUACCCCUCCCCUAAACCAACAUUAUCACUUACUUCUUACUUAGGGCAAAACAUUGGCUUAGGGGAGGGGUAGGUGGUCAGUUUCCCGGAAACCUAAAUUGAUCCCAUAAAUUUUCUCCUAACCAUAUUAAUACUUGAUCAAGAGAAAAGGCUAAAAUAAUUAAUAAAAUGAUCUCCAAAGGGAAAAUACUUUGAUCCUUUAUCAAAUUCUCUCAAACACAUCUUUGAGAAAAUAGAUGGAGAUCAGUGUGCACAGAAAAUUUGUAUGUGGAUAUUAGGGCUUAAAGAAUGAAGAACUUUUUUAUGAAGAUGUGAUUCUUGCAAAUUGCAUAUGUCAAUUUGACCUCCUUCAAUCCCUAGUUGUGUCUGGAUGCAUGUUCCAUAAAGAAGGGACUCAGGUUUCCUGAUCUAAGCAUUCUGCAUGUUUCAUGUGCCUAUGUUUUCUGUUUAUAGGAUGCAGUGCUCUGGUACAGUAGUGGUGGCUCCAAGUCAUUCCUUCAUAUGGACACAGUAGAUAAUAUUAACUGUAUGAUAAGUGGAGUCAAGCACUGGUUCAUAGUGGAUCUGGUAUGAACCUAACCUUUGCAAAAUUUUUAGGGAAUACUGGACAAUAUAGUCUGAGAAAACAGCCGACAUUGUGUGAUACCACCACUGGUUUCCUUGACGUGACAUCUGAGGAACAAGCACAAAAAUUCCAUGCUGAUGAUGCAUCACUACCAGGGUGUUCAUUAGGCAUCGGAGAUCGGUGAAAUCUUCAUUUACUAUGCAGAAUUCUCUGGCUAACAGUCAAUAGCCUAUGUCUAUUUCUUACUCAAAUGUGGAGCCUCUAAAAAUUUUCUUCUGUAAUGUUACACCUUUCUCCUGCUACUAGAAUUCUUAAAGAAAACCCUGCACUACCCAGAUCUUUGUUGGCUUCUGAUUGGAUGAAGCAAAUUUUCAACCCUUAAGAAGCACUACCCAGAUUACUGUAGUACACAUCAUGUCAUUUUGUGGUGAAACCAGUAGUAUUGUCACAAAACAUUGGCUCUUUUCUCAGGAUAUAGACAGUACUGAAGCCAAUAUAGGGAGUUCAUCUAUGUUUAAGAUACCACGACGGCAAUUUCGCUUUUAUUGGUAACUUCUAGGAACACACCAAGUUAAUUGACAUGGAUCACGGAGAAGGUGAUUAUUGUAGCGUGAAUGUUGACAAAGUGGACAUGUUCAAGUAUCCUAGCUUACAGAACCUACCAUGGUGGUCUGCACGUCUUGAACAAGGAGACUGUAUGUUUAUACCUUAUGGGUGAGUUUGGUCCUGUUUGAAGAGAAUAAAAUAAUAAAAGAGGUACAACUCAAAACAAUGAUCUUUUCCUCAUUUUUGCUUGGGUGUGAACGAGUUAAAUCACAGCAACUAUGGUGGAAUCUCUCUUUUGAGACACCUGUAUUGAAGGGACACCUCUGUUCAAGUGACACAGUAUUGGUCACCUCUAUUGAAGGGACACCUCCAUUCAGGGGACACAGUAUUUGUCACCUCUAUUGAAGGGAAACCUCCAUUCAGGUGACACAGUAUAUGUCACCUCUGUUGAAGGGACACCUCCAUUUAGGGGAUGCAGUAUUGGUCACCUAUAUUUAAGGGACACCUCCUUUCAGGGGACACAGUAUAUGUCACCUCUAUUGAAGGGACACCUCCAUUCAGGGGACACAGUAUUGGUCACCUCUAUUGAAUGGACACCUCCAUUUUGGGGACACAGUAUAUGUCAUCUCUAUUGAGGGGACACCUCCAUUUAGGGGACACAGUAUUUGUCACCUCUGUUGAAGGGGCACCUCCAUUUAGGGGACACAGUAUUUGUCACCUCUAUUGAAGGGACAUCUCCAUUCAGGGGACACAGUUAUGGUCACCUCUAUUGAAGGGACACCUCCAUUCAGGGGACACACUAUGUGUCACCUCUAUUAAAGGGACACCUCCAUUCAGGGGACACAGUAUUUGUCACCUCUAUUGAAGGGACACCUCUAUUCACGAGAAAGGAACAAGUUUUCUGGGUCCUGAAAGCCGGAUUUAACCUCCAUUCAGGGGACGCUUUAGCCCUCAAAAAGUGACUAACCACAAAAAUCGUUCUUAAGUUUUAUUAUUUACUAGUCAAAAUAGCGACAGCUUUCAAAACAUGAACUGUCUCACUCAAAUUUGAUGCACUGCACCUGUGGGAAUUAACCCCACAUCAUGGCAGAGAUAAGUUAAUCAUGAUUUUUCAUACAUUAUCUGGCUACAUGAAGUGUAAUGACUGCAGAAGAUUCCGAGGUAGAAUAAAAGAAAAAUAUUUUAUUUGUUGGUUUAUUAUUAACAAACCCCAGCCCAACCUCCAUUCAGGGACACUUACUUUGGUCCUGAGGGUGUCCCUUGGAUAAAAGUUCCACUGUGUAACAAACCCGUAUCCGCUAAAAAUUGUAUGGCCUACGUUAUACUAGAAUAUUCUUUCGUCAAUCCCGCAUCUCUCCCCGCAGAAAAUGUAAAAUGUAAAAACGUGAAUUUUUGUUCAACUUUGGCCCCGGCCACACGUAUCCGUUCUUGUCUGAAAACGGAGAUCUUUUUCUCCCCCUUUUCUAAAACAUCUGCGUCCACACGUUGCGGUUUUGAAUCAUUUUUUGUUCAUCCACAGAAAACGCGAUAACGGUUUGAUAACGGUACCAUCUUUGAAAGGAGCAUGCGCAUUAACUAGCAUAUGAGCCUGUGACGUAAUCGUUUUCAAAAACCCCCGUUUUCGUACAUCGACAUGAGUACAGCGGCUGGCGGUCGUCGCUUUCCCUGUAAACUUUCUGCUUUACCCGUAGUUCACCUAGUUACUCAAUGGCCUAUCAGGGACUUUGUAACGAUAUGCUGAACUAAUUUUCCAAAUCGCUUUUCUUUGCAGAUGGGGUCAUCAAGUUACGUCACUCUUUCGUAACAUCGCCGUCAAUAUUUGGUGGACCCCGCUUCAGAGAUUUAAUUCUACUGACUGUGAAGGUAUCUUUCCGAAGAGAUAAUAAAUUACAAACACAUGAGUGAAAACAAGUUCAUAGAAUAUCAUUGACAGUUUGUCCCCUAUUUGUGUGUUCUUGAUGUUGAGUGAUAUAGAAUGCUGAUUUUUGUCGAUGGACAAUUUUGCUCAAAUGUUGAUUUUACAGGCCUAAAUAAACGCCACGGUAUGAGACUUCAUCUGAAGGGUGACUGAUGAAGAAAAGGCGUUUUAUGUUUUAACUGGAGGCAACUAAAGCUUGCUGAGGUUUUCUUUUCAACGAAACUCUUUUUGUUGCACUUACGCAUCUCAUUUUAGUUGUGAAAGAAAAUGAAGGCCUCAGCCAUCACGGUCAGGCAAAUUGAUUUCAUACUAAUCUUGCUUGUGUUUACAGUUAAUUUAGAAAAGUUGGGUUCAUCUCAGGCAAAGUUGAGUAACUUCAAGUUUACAACAGGAGAGCAAUUAAGGUAUGAAUCGACUACUUGCCAAGAUGUAAAGUGUUACAUCUAGAUUCUUUACCGAAUGGAAGACGAAGAUUUUCGAGCAGUUUUAUUUUGUAGGAGCACCUCAAAAAAUCUUGUCUAACUCCAAAUCUGAAGGUCAGAGCGAUUUUGGAUGCAACUUAGUAUCUAGGGUCUUUUUUCGUCAUCUACGUCACUCAUCAAAAUAACUGGUGACGAAGAAGAUGAAAGAAAGAUCCCUCAAAACGAGGUUUUUCCAUAGUCCAGUUUCGAAUUCGUCGCGGCCGCCGAAAGAAACACUUGAGACUCAUUUAUACAGGGUAGCCUCGACCUAAGGUAAAUAUAUUCACAAAUUCCAGUCAGAAGAAGACCCAGUGUGUACAACUGUGUUUUUUUGUUUUUAAAUCACAUGACUUCAGGCACUUUCUCGCCGGUAUUUGUGAAUAAUUUAAUUUAGGUCGAGGCUAACCCUGUACGAAUAAGUCUUCGGCGCUUUUAUUUAGCAGCUACGACGAAUUCGAAACUGGACUAUUGGUCGUUUGCCUGAUGACGUCGUUAGAGCAAGGACGUCUGGUAGUUGUUUUAUUUAAGCGAAGAAUAAUGGUUAGAGCGUGAAGUAAAAAUGGCGGGAAACUGUUUUAAGAACUCGAUUUUGUGCAAAACAGGAACACUACUUUCAAGUAGGGUUUUUUUCGGUUAAACACAUUUAUAGAGGCGGCCAUGCCAUGAUGUGUGAGUCGUGGUUCUUAAGAGACUGAGGCAAAGUAGCGUUUCAGUUUUCUUAUAACAGACCAAUAUUUUAAUCGUUGAUUUAUUUGUAUACUUUGAAGGUUCAUGGCUCUUCAAGUUAUCAAAGACAAUGGUGGAUCUGUUUCUUUUGAGACGAUAAAUCCAUUAAUUGUGGUGAGAAACUAACUUGUAGUGCAGCCAAAUACACUUAAUGUUAUGUAUACCUAGGAUCACUGCUAGUACGACCGUUUUCUGACUUUCCAAUUCCGUGCCUUAGCAAAUUAAACACUUCCUAUAUGUUUUAGCCUGAGAAAACAGCCGACACUUCUCGACGCCACAACUGGUUUCUCCGCGAAGCGAGCAGAGAAAUUCCAUACUGAUGACUUGUCACUACCCAGAUCUGGGUAGUGCUUUUGAUUGAUUGUGCCGCCUGGGAAAUUUCCUUCCGCAAACAAUCAGGAGCACUACGGGUAGUGACACGUCAUCAGUAUGGAAUUUUUGCGCUCAUAGCAGACUCUAUUUCGCGUGAAAACAGCUGUUUUCUCAGGUUACGUACACAUUGCAACAUUUGCAAUGCGGCUUUUCUCGUUGUCAGUCGUCUUUUCUGCUUUGUAACCUUCUCUUUUUUUAAUUUCUCCAGGGUGAACAUACAGGAGAGAGACUCAUAACCCAAAAGGUAAUCAAUUUCUUGAGGUUAUUAAAGUUUUCAAACUUCGACGACGACGGCAGCGAAAACGCUACUUUUAUUCAUUCAGUUUCACUAAUAUUUAGUACCUCUUUCAACUGGUUAAAUGUUAGCGAAUUUUCCUCGGGUUGAUUUCCUACGGAAUCCAAGGACUAGAUCCAAGUUUAGUAAAAGAAAAGGAGAAUCGUCGUCCUGUGUAGACUGCAAAACAGUCCGAAUUCAUAACGAGGCUGAAAACAGAGAGCGAGACUGGGGAAAGUUUAGCCUAAAACAAAAGGAGAGUCGUCGUCUUUUGUUUUUGAGAAUAAACACCGACUGUUUUGCAGUCUACGUCUUGUGUUGACGUCCUCCAUAAACGUGACAUAUUAGGAAAUUUGACGUGGAAGUCAGGCGGUAUCGUCAAGAAAUGUACAAGAAAGUGUGCUCCAGGUGCAGUGUUAUUAGGGCCAUUUAUACGAGGAAAAAUAAGACGCGUGGCUUUUUCGUCUAAAAUAAGACGCGGCUUAGCUAAGACGCGUCUUAUUAGAUAAGACAUGCUCGUAUAAAUGGUACAGUUCGCGUCUUAUUUAAGACGCGUUUUAUUUUUCCUCGUAUAAAUGGCCCUAUUGUCUCGCUCAUUUAGCCUGUUUUACUUUUUUGACUUUCCCCGUGUUAUGAAUUCAAACGUCUAUGAUAGUAAAAGUAUUGAGGAAAACGCAAAGAACAUUCGGUUUGAGAUAUUUGUUGUAAAACCAGACUCUGAACCGAACCGACUAAGCGAUCAAACUUAGGUUUUUUAGGUUGUUUACGUUUUGGUUUUGUAUUAGGGAGCUCAAGUAACGACGACGGUGACGGGCCGACGGCAGCGGGAACGGAAAAAAAAGUAAUAGGUUUAGAUUGGCAAAACAACAACUUUGCACCUGUAUCACACUUUUUUGUACAUUUCUUGCCGUCACUGCAAGACUGUGACGUCAAACUUCCUAAUUUCACGUCAGUUUUAUGGAGGACGGGAACACAUGACAACCAUUUUCUUUUUCUUUGUGUGAAUUUAGAUACAUUCCUUUAUAAUUCAACUCCUGAAAAAUUCGCCAACAUCAUUGACAAAUUAAAAGAGUUGGAAUGAGAGCGAUGAAGUUUGAAGCAGCGCGAAUUUGCUAGACUGUUCACAGUCCCCUAUGUUUUCGUGAGAUCGUUUAGAUAUACCGCGCCUUACCGUCACGGCUAUCUUGAUUUUCCAAUGUACCGAGAGGGCGGGCGUCGGGGAUUAAACCGCCCCCGCGCCCUAGGUAGUUUUGACACUCAUGCAAGAUGGGUAGCCCGUAACGCAAAGCUCUCGAUCUCGAUGAUCUUACGGAAAAAUAGAGGACUGUGAACAGUCGAGGAAUUUGCUUUUUGGGUGACGUUUUCGCUGCCGUUGCCGACGUCGUUGCUUAAGCUUCCUAUUGUCUCCUAGCGGUUUGCAAUGCUCGACAAAGACCAGGAUGGUGUUCUGACAGAAGAUGACGUCAUGUCUGUACCUGCUGACGUAGUAGACGAAGCAUUUGGCCAAACACCUCCGGGAGAGGUAAAGACGCGUAUAAUGAUCCACUAGGAAUUAUCAUACGCUUCUAGGAAACUUCCCACCUACCCGUCCCCUAAGCUAACAUUUUGCCUCAACUGAGAAGUUAGUGCCAAUGUUGGCUUAGGGGAGGGGUAGGUGGGCAGUUUCCCAGAAACGUAUGAUGAUCUGAGACUUGAAACAACCUUUGGCGGAACUGAAAAGAAGAGAUAGAGUGAGAGGAACAAGCGUCCUAUAAGACCCCUUUUACACGGGUUCGGACAAAUUUUUGAUCUGACAAAAACUUGCACGGAUCCACCUUUCGCUUACACGGGACCCGCGGAACCGUGCAAGUUUUUGAACAGCAAACAGUACUGUAAUCUGUUACAAAAUUUGCGGGGUUCCGUAUAAACUGGUUGCACAUGCUCAGGUAAAAAAUUCGUCCGUUCAAAAAUUUGACCGGACCCGUGCAAACCGGCGGGGUCUUAUUUACAGAACUGAACACAAGCGACUUUUGCAAAUUUCUUGUUAUCUUGUGAUUUUGGUAAAUUUCGUAAGUUUGCUAAAGGUUGGACCCCUUCGUUUUGUUUUUCUUUUUUUUUUCAACUUAAUAAACUUUUUAUCCGAACUUGCUUUUUUUUAGCUUGUUCCAGGCUCUCAGAUAGUGGGGAAGACGCGAAAGUAAAAGGCACGCGAAAAGUUAGCGGGGGGAAAUUAUUUUCGUCUUCGCGCUUUCUCAAUUCAACAGGCCCAACUAUCUCGGAGCCUGGAACAGGCUAGCUUUUUUUUGCCGGGUAACUUGAAAGCUACAAUGUGUAUCUUACGUAACGUAUCCUCAUUUUUUCCGUUGAUUAAUCACCUAAGCGCGGUUCGAAACUUACAGUACGGACUGAGAAAACCAGGUCAGUAAGAAGAGGUACAUACUCAGUAGACGUCAUUUGAGGUGUUUUGAAUUUUUUUUCAGGUAAAUAUCCGCGGUCAAUCUCGGCACAGUGACCCCGAAGUGACAUCUUUGUUGGCGUCCAUCGGAGUACAGCCAGCUAUUGUUGAAGAAUUUAUGUUAAGAGACGAUAAAACACUUGAGGACUACGAAAGAUUUCUUUCGUAUUUUUCUGAUCCGACGAAUGACCACUCUGAUCUUUUACAUGACGAAGUGAGAAAGUUCAUAGAGGAGAGAAUUAAUGAACUCACCAUAAACAGGGGCCAAAAGAAAGAUUCAGAGCAUGACCAUCGGGAGUUAUAA